CUCUUCAUUCUCUUCACACCUCCAUCUCUCUCUCUCUCUCUCUUCUGUGGAGAUUUUGUGUCAGAGAGAAAGUACAAUUACAUAUAGUUUUCUUUGGGUUUUGUACUUCUUCCCCCCUUUGUGUCAGAAGAAAAUCUUGAGUCUUUUUUCCUUUCCAAAGAACCCUAAUUUCGAUUUCUGUAAGUUUUCAUCUUUCUGAUACCAACACCAUGUCUGCAUCUGAACAACAAACCACCAUAAACCCUACAUCUCUCAAGAUCCAACUCGCCUAUCGAUUUCAUCAUGCUCUAAAGAACCUCAACAAUGGCAGAAACACACCCCUCAUCAACAACACAAAAGCAUCGGCUUUCGAGAACACCCAGAUCCGUCGAAGGUCUCACCGUGUCAAGAUCGCAGCCUACACAUCAAUGGCUUCUGUGGCUGGAUCAAGAAGAGCUUGGAGCCGUGCGAUUUUAUGGAAGAUCAGAAGUCGAGCAAGAAAUAAGAAGAUGGUUAUUGAUCAUAAAACCAGUCGUCGUCAUCCUCAUCGUGUAGGGUUUAUAAGGAGAAGAAAUACAAACCCUAAAAGAGAAUAUGUUGACCCGAUUGGGGAUUCGGGUUUAGAAGUGAAGCUAAGGAAGCUUGUACCUGGUGCUGAGACGAUGGAUUCAUACGGUUUGUUGGAUGAAACUGCUGAUUACAUAAAGUGUCUGGCCACACAGGUAGAGGUCAUGAGAACUCUAUUAGAUCUCUACUCCACCUUCUGAAUAUAUAUAUAUAUAUA